GUAAUAUUGAUACUUUCAGUGAUAUUCUUCUACAAGGCAACCAAAUGACAGUUCCGAUUCUUGAUGCUUUAUCCAACCUGGCCUUGAAACCAGAACUUCUAGCCGAGGUGCGAGGUUCUGUUCUGCAGACAUUGUCCUCUGUCGAGAUGGAUGAUCUCCCUGUGGUGGUCAAGUUUCUACUCCAGACGGUCACACCGCAGGAUUCACUUGAGAUUGUAACGGAAAUUCGAGCAAGCAUUGAUUUUAAACCUUUACCUGCUACCCCAAGCAAGUCCAGCAAAAAAGACAAGAUGAAAAAGAGGACAGCAUCAGAUGGCAGUGUGGAGAAGGGGAACGAAGCACUGACAUUGGAUGCCAUCAAGUCCGGCAUUCGCUUCCAGAAAACUGUGUCCGAAGCUUGGAUAAAGGCAAUCGACAACCUGAAGGACCCAGCUGAUCACAAGGUGAUUGACAUCUUUGUGCUGCUGAUUCUCCACGCCACGAACCGCAAGAAGCCAGUGGAGAGCCUCUUCAGGAACAAGAUCCGUUCAGGGGCAUUUACAGAACCUCUGCUGCAGUCAGCCUUCACUGACCAUGCUCAGAUCCUGAGAGGGUACUUCCCGUCUGUGCAGUCGCUGGCUGAGGUGUUACUGAGGUCCCCAGAGCCAGGGAUCUGCUUCUUCGCCUCCGCUAUGUAUCGACACGCCUUUGCUGUGUUUGACAGCUACUGUAAACAGGAGAUUGUUGGGAACCUGGUGACACACAUCGGCAGUGGUUUUGCAGGCGAGAUCGACAGCUCUCUGGACAUUCUCUCCGACCUGGUACACCACCAUCUCUCCAGCAUGGCUCCCUUCGCUAUCUUUGUCAAGGGAUUUCUUGACUACUUCGACAACCGUUCAAUGACGCAGAUUCGUAAACUUUAUGCCAUGUUGAGUCGUCUAGCUUUCCACAACCCCGAUGAUGGUGGACUUAUACAGGAUGAUCUUCACAUCAUCAUCAGGAAACAGCUGUACAACAGCAGCCUCAAGUAUAAACGCAUGGGAGUGAUUGGUGCCAUCAUGGUUGUCAAAAGUAUUGCCUACGUCCGCUCUGACCAGUCUGAGAGCACCAUCAGUGACGACAAGCUGAAGGAGGUGGUGCACCUGCUGCAACUGGUCCGAACCAGCAGCACUGGCAGCCCCGAGGCCACCUGCCUGUUUCUGGAUGAACUGUCGUCUGUCAUCAGUAAAGGCAAUGUAGACCCUAAAGUUGUGCACUGGAUUUCUGAGAACAUGAUAGCAGAUUUCCAGGAUGAUUUUGUGGUGGACGUUGAAGAGAGCUUCAUUCAGCAGGAUCACAUGGUUCCUCUACAAGAUAUGUACAAUCUGAAUGAGGACACGGACAGUUCUAUAGCGAUCAACCUGCUGCCCCUUGUAGUGGCUAAUCACAAGAAGAAGGCCAACACAAAGGAAAGUGCAAGAGAGCCGAACCCCACAUGUCUGUCUCCACACUUCCGGCUGGUCCACAUCUGUGAAAAGGUACAAAAUGGCGGUGAUCUGGAGGGCAUUGAUGCAUUACUAGGCUGCCCUGUGUACACAGUCAAGGAGGAGGUGUAUGAGAAGUACGAGUCACUGUCCCACAAGGAAAAGGAUGUGAUCUGCACCACACUCUUCCACAGCCUGAACUGGUUCCGUGAGCUGGCCAACUGCUUUGCCACACAAACGUCGCCGGAGAUGAAGGGCAAGGUCAUCAUGAGGCUGCAGAACAUCACGGAGGUGCAGAACACCCUGGAGAGAUUGCUGGCCGUUACCCCAGGGUUCAGACCUCCAGUUGCAAACUUUGACCUUGAAGAGACCCAGCAGGUGGAGCCCAGCAGUUCUCGUGGAGCAGACGGCAAGAAGAAAGGGAGGAAACCAGGGAAGAAGAAACAGUCCGAGAAGGAGAAUAUUUCAGCCGACUUGGAUGAGAACAGCCGAGAUUCCACACAGUCUGAGACCCAGAAGCCAAGCCAGUCAGGGGGGACCCAGCUGAAGGAGGGGGACAAGGAGGAGAAGAUGGUCAGUCUGUCCACCUACACACAGUAC